CUUCAUUUAGGGAGGCAUUCUUACUCACACCGCUGUUCAUAUACAAUUUCGCGCAAUCGCGUUGUUGAUCUUCAUAUAAUUGGCUACACCAUUUCCUUGCGACCCUUGUGGAAGGAGCAGGUGAACGAAAAGAAUGGAGCGCCAAGAUAUUUCAGGGCAUCUAUCUGGUUCAGAAGUGCUGCCUCGUUUAGAUGACGCGUUUGAUCCCACAGUCUCCCAGAGACAGGUCAUGACGAUGCACAAAUACACGCCAGAAUCCAUCAUCGAUAUAUAUCCUUGUACACCUCUGCAGGAAGAUCUUAUGUUCUUGAGUUUGGCCCGGCCUGGAACGUAUAUUGAUCGAUAUCUGAUUUACCUCCAUGAAGGACUGAGUGCCGAGCGAUGGAUACAUUCAUGGCAGAAGGUAGUUGCUGAGACGCCCAUUCUCCGCACAAAAAUCAUACAAAGGAAUGAGAAGGAGCCUCUCUUACAGGUCGUCACAUCAAAGGUGCCUGACGUCCCCUUAGUGGACCAACUUGACUUCUAUCUUUCUGCGGACCAGGAAACGCCAAUGGGCUUUGGGCAGCCGCUGCACCGAAUCGUACGUAUUUCAAAUUCAAAAUCUUCUAGAGCUUGCUUUGUUUGGACAUUGCACCAUGCAAUCUACGACGGCUGGUCAAUGGAUAUUAUCCUGAGAGGGAUCCAGCAGACGUUCACUGUCGGCACGGUCUUACAGCCUGCCGAAUCAUUCCGCCACUUCAUUGAAUAUACCGCGGCUCUAGAUGCCGUACAAAGUCAGAAUUACUGGUCCAAUUAUCUUGCCGAUACGGAGCCUGCAUUCUUCCCAGCACCUUCAGCAGGUCUUGAUGGUGAUGUGACGAGACGCAGUGUGUCAAGGAAUAUCAACAUGAACAAGUAUGGUGAGUUCACUCUGGCAACAUAUGUUAAAGCCUCCUGGGGGAUUCUACUCGCAAGCUACAACCAUACAGAAGAUAUCGUGUUUGCAUGCACAGUUUCAGGGCGGGAUUGUCCACUUGUCAAAAUAGAAAACAUCGUGGGACCUACUAUCAAUGUUGUACCAAUAAGAUUGGACACAAGAGGAAGUAAAAAGAUAUCGGAACUUCUGUACAAUGUCCAACGAGAUGCUGCGUCUUCCAUUCCACAUCAGACAUUGGGCCUUCGGAACAUACAAAAGUUGAGUUCUGAAUUGCGUCACGUCUGCGACUUUAAUAGCUUGUUAAUUAUUCAGCCCAAAACGAUUACAGAUUUCCAGGACAGAAAAGACAUCAUGGAACUCCAGCCUUUGAAUGAAUCAUCGGAGUCAGUUCAGUAUUCAUUGUUGCUUGAAGUCUGUCAAACAGCGGACGGAUUGACAGUACACUUGGGUUUUAGCACUGAAGUAAUUAGUAAAACCCAAGCUUACAGGAUCAUUGGCCAGUUCGAGCACAUACUAGCACAAUUAACCAUUGACCAGAACCAGACUUUGUCAAGUGUAGGGCUCCUCAGUUCGAAAGAUUGUGCCAAUCUUGUACUAUACAGUAAAUUUAGAGCCAAUCUAGAUGAAAGCUGUAUUCACCUGGAAAUUAACGAUCAGGUAAAUGCUCGUCCAGAAGCGCUGGCUGUUCAUUCCUGGGACGGCGAUUUCUCCUAUAAGGAAUUGAGCCAAGCCAGUUGCCAAAUGGCCAAAGUCCUCCUUAGAAAUGGCUUACAAGCAGAACAGGUUGUUUUGCUAUGUUUUGAAAAAUCAAAAUGGACAAUCGUAGCAGCAUUGGGUGUGUUGAUGGCUGGAGGAACGUUUUGCCUUCUUGACAUCCGAGAUCCGAGCCAAAGGCACCAUGUUAUAGCCAAUAUCACCAAGGCCAAAAUAGCCUUGACAUCUCCUGGUUUUGCUGGACGGUUGCAAGGAAUUGUCGAAACAAUCUUGAGUGUCGAUGCAAGAAAUCUUUCCAAAUAUGAUACGAACUUGCCAGAAAGACCGUUACCAGAUGUGAAGGCUCAACAAGCAGCAUACAUCAUGUUUACCUCUGGUAGUACAGGGACGCCGAAAGGGGUGGCAAUUGAACACCGUAACUUCUGCUAUAAUUCAGAGCAGCAACGAAGGGUGUGGAACAUAACGAACGAUACUAGGUUUCUACAGUUUGCGAGUUACUCAUUUACUGUUUCCUUGAUAGAGAUUUUUACCACAUUGAUAGGUGGUGGUUGCGUUUGUGUGCCAUCAGAAAGUGAAAGAAUGGAAGAUCUUCCUAGUGCGGUCGCCCGUCUACGGGCAACACAUGCGUGUUUCACAUCUUCGGUACUCCGAACGAUCAAUCCAAUUGAAUUUCCAAGUCUAGAAUUCGUUAUGACUAGCGGGGAAGUGGUGUUACAAGAUGAUAUUCGCCGUUGGUGCGAUUUUGUUCGUCUCUACCAAGGAUACGGUCAGGCGGAGUGCUCCCCAAUUGUAGCCUCAACAGAGAUGCUUACUCGCGAAUCUUUACCAAAUUGUAUAGGAAAGCCGAUUGGUGGUCGCUGCUGGAUCGUUUUGCCGCAGGAUCAGAAUAGAUUAGCACCGUUAGGUGCUAUUGGAGAGCUGGUAGUGGAGGGCUUACAUGUUGGUCGAGAAUAUGUGAAUAAUCCUGGAAAAACUAGAGAGGUCUUCAUCAACCAUCGCCGGUGGACAGGAGAAGACAUAGCAAAUAAACAAGGAGGAUGGCCGAUGUAUAGAACAGGAGAUCUUGUUCGUUACGGCGCAGAUGGAUUGCUGUAUUAUCAUGGUAGGAAGGAUUUUCAGGUUAAGGUGAACGGCCAACGCAUUGAGCUGGGCGAAAUUGAGAGCCAUCUAUUACAGAUAUUAGACUCGUCACUUGACUGUGCUGUCGAUUCAAUAUUCGUGGAUAGUGAUGGACAACGAAGCAUGAAACUUGCUGCAUUCGUCAGCAUACGCGAUUCUCGUAGAAACAAUGGGAACCCGACCGAUGUGGGACAAAAUCAAAGAGAGAUUAUCGAUAGAGCGUGCCAGAGCGCCUCUCGUGACCUAAAGAAGCUCUUCACGGCCGCAACCGAACUGCUCUAUUCCGAACUGCCAGGCUACAUGGUCCCUACUGUAUUUCUACCCAUCUAUGAACUACCCCUAACGGUAAGCGGUAAGCUCAAUAGAAAGAAACUCCGAGAAAAAGGAACAGAAUUGUUGCAGAUUCAGCGACAGCAGGAAAAGGCACCAGCAAUCACCGAGGAGCCCUACUCAAGCUUGACUGAAGCGGAACAAACACUGAGAACCUUAUGGGGGGAUGUUUUGCAAAUGAGGCCUGAGACGAUUAGUGCAGCUGACCAUUUUUUGAGGUUGGGUGGAGAUUCGAUUGCCGCUAUGCGUCUUUCUAGCCUUGCUCUGGAGCAUGGCAUCUCCUUGCUCGUUUCAGAUGUCUUCUCUAAGCCUGUUCUUCGUGAAAUGGCUUCAGUGGCAAAGCGUGUCGGCAAAGAACCCAUUGAAAAGAUUUCUCCGUUUGCGAUUCUUCCUGACGGUUCAAUUGUUGGUUCUCUGCUAUCGGAAGCUUUCUCAAAAUACGGCAUCAAACCUACUGAUGUUCAAGAUAUGUACCCUUGCUCGCCUCUUCAAGAGGGUAUUAUGUCACUCUCAACUAAAUUGUCAGGGUCAUAUAUUAUAAAAAUCUCCUUAGAUCUGCGGCCCAAUGUCGAUCUUCCCAAGUUUCUUAAGGCUCUUCACAUUGUCAGGCGUAACCAUGCCAUUCUGAGAACAAGGAUAUGUGUCUUGGAAUCUUCAGGGAAGGAAACAAUGCUCCAGCUUGUACUGUCUGAGAAUGAUAGCUUCACUGUACUUGAGAGAGAACUUGAGAGAGACGAAGUCGCCAGCAAAGCCCCCUCAAUGUCAUUUGGAACCCCUCUAAGUCAAUUUGUUCUCAAGAAGAGCACAGGCUGUAAUCUGCACCGACUUGAUUGGUUCCUCCAUCAUACGAUCUACGAUGCAUGGUCACUACGUAUUUUAUUACGCUCAUUAAGAAAGGCCUAUCACGGAUUGAGCGAAUCCGUGAUAACAUUUAAUAACUUCAUUCGAUACAUAGAGGACGCUGAAAGACAGGAACAGGAUAACGAUUUCUGGAGGAAGACUCUCAUGGGUGCAGAGCGAACCCCGUUUCCCCCAGUCACUACAACGAACCUGGAAACAAAAGCGUCUUCAUCCAUCGAGAUGACGAUAGAGUUGGGGAAACUGACAUCUUCAGAUGUGACAAUUUCUUCUAUCUUGUAUUUGUCUUGGGCAACUGUCGUUGGGCGUUAUUGUGACGCUGAGGAUGUAGUGCUUGGAGUGGUCUUAAGCGGACGAAGCCUCCCAAUUCCAGGAAUCGAAAGUAUUUCAGGACCAACAUUCACAACGCUGCCAUUAAGGGUGAAUGUCAGCCAAGAGAAACAGCCGUCCAAACUAUUAAUCGAUGUUCAAGACAUGAGCAACAAGAUGAUUGGUCAUCAGCAUUGCGGUUUACAUCACAUUCAAGCCUUAGGAGAAGACAUAAGAAAUGCUUGCACAUUCAAUAGUCUAAUAUUCACCGAGCCACCUGAUCCGCAGGAAUCUGACAGUACUGAGUCUAUUUUCGAACAGGAAUUCUUCGUCGAUAGCUUCGUCCACCCUCACCCUCUUCUGCUUUCUUGCAAGAUUCUUAGAAGUGGAAACAUUUUGGUUACCGCAAGCUACGCUGAUUCAGUCCUAAAUGAAACUCAAACAAGGCGAAUUCUUGCACAGUUUUCUCAUGUUUGCAAACAAUUUUUUCAGGUAGCAAAUGGGGAUAACGGAAUAAGUGAAAUCAGCAUAGCGUCGCCGGAAGACUAUUCAGAGAUUGUUCAGUGGAACUCUGUCCGAAAUGCAGAAGCUAGGAGUUGUAUACAUACCCUCAUAUGCAACUGGGCGGAUAAGCAUCCAUACAAUCGAGCAAUAGAGGCCCCUGAUGGCACUCUGUCAUAUGAAGAAUUGAACAGAUACUCGGACAGGCUGGCCCAGCAUCUCGUUUCUCUUGAUGUUCAGUUCGAAGAUGUUAUAUUGAUAUGCUUCGAAAAGACAGUGUGGGUUCCUGUCGCGAUUCUAGCCACAUUAAAAGUUGGUGCUACCUUUGUCAUGGUUGGCCCAUGCGACUCACUUGUGCACCGGUCGUUCAUGGCUAGUAAGACUAAGGCUAAGAUGGGUAUCACUUCAAAAAGGUGUGUUGGUAUGUUGUCUAUGGUGGAUACUGUUAUCGUUCUCCACGAAAGCACCUUCACUGAUUUGCCCGAAGAUGGUCUCUUCGGUAGAAUCGUUGAUCCUAGUAGUGCUGCAUAUAUUGUCUUCACCAGUGGAAGCACGGGUGAGCCUAAAGGAUGCGUAGUUGAGCAUGCCAAUGUCUCAUCAUCUUUGAAAGCGUUUAUCAAAUGCUCCGGUCUUGGACCCGGAACACGAGGAUUUCAAUUUGCACCCCACAGCUCUGGAACAUUUCUUGUGGAAACCCUUGGUGUGCUGAUAGCGGGUGGUUGUCUUUGUAUUCCAAGCGAAACAGAUCUGGGAAGCAACGUUGAAGACACAAUGAACCAGCUUCAAGUGACAUGGGCCAUAUUUAUACCCUCCAUGCUUAUGGGCAUCAACCCAAAUCGUAUUAAAACCCUACAGGGGCUAGCAGCCAUUGGCGAGCCUCUUCCCAAAGAAGUUGUGAUAUCCUGGAAUGAGCUUGUGGAUUUACGUUCAGUCUAUGGGCAGUCGGAAACAGCGGAGGUCAUGGCUUGUUCCGCUCCAUUGCAUUUGGGCAUGAAUUGGAGGUCCAUCGGUCGCCUGAAAGUUGGUUGUGGUUGGAUAGUAGAACCCCAUAACCAUAACCAGCUUGCGCCUGUUGGCUGUGUGGGAGAGCUCAUCGUCGAAGGCCCACACAUCGGACGUGGAUAUCUUGACGAACAGUCGAUUGCGACCAAUGAUUUUAUAUACGACCCAAGUUGGUCCAAAAAUAUACCGCGGAGGGAUUCUAAUCACUAUAUAAGCCGGAGAUUCUAUAAGACCAGUGAUUUGGUACGGUAUGAUGCGGAGGGGAACCUCGAAUUCGUUAGUCGUAAAGGCGAUCGAUUCAUGCUCAACGGGCAGCACAUAGACUUGAACGAGGUACAGUACAGACUAAGAGAGGCUGUCAACGAGCCCAUUACUAUCUCCGUGAAGCUUUGCGAACUCGAGCCUGGAAAACAUCGUAGCACAGCUCUUAUUGCUUUCUUAUCUACCAAUCAAGCGAUGAGCCGCAAUGAAGAGCUUCGAAUAACGGAGCUAUUGACUGGCAUUGAGGGAAAGCUCGCGGAAGAUCUGCCUAGGAUCAUGAUUCCGUCAAGGUACUUGCUCCUCGAACAGCUUCCAAAGACUCCAUCUGGAAAGCUCAAUUAUCGACAACUCGAACAAAUUGCUGCUGAAAGAAGGGAUACGGCUGUAACAAAUGAUUGGCUUCAAAGGGAAAUCACUGGAGAACUAGGAAUCAAGCUUAGAGCUAUAUGGAGCACCGUUCUCAAUGUCCCUGAAGCUAGAAUAUUCGAGGACACUGCUUUCCAGUCCCUUGGAGGAGAUUCUAUAUCUGCUAUACAAGUUGUCUCGAAGUGCCGUGCGGAAGGCAUCUCCAUUAGUGUCAAUUUAUUGCUUCAGCACAAAAGUAUUAGUAAGCUUUCUAAGAUGGUGCAGGAUCAGGACCAUGGGUAUUAUGAGGAAGACAGUGAAGAAGAUGACGAUCUUGAUCUACCAUUCCCGUUACUUCCCAUCCAGCAAUUUCACUUCGAAACAGUUCCAUUAGGAGAGAACUGCUUUAAUCUCUCUCAUUUACUCGAAGUUAGAGUUGGUGUUUCAGAGAACGCGCUCCGAGAAGCUUUGGAUGUCCUAGUCCAAAGGCAUCCAGCCCUGACCACACGUUUCAUACAGGCUGGUGCACGAUGGUUUCAGGUUAUCUCGUCGGAGAAGAACAAUCCGUACCUGUUUCAUUAUCGUGAAGUUGCAGCAAUGGGCGAUGUAACAGAAAUCUGCAAGCUUUUACAGACCCAGUUAGAUAUCCGCAACGGACCUCUCUUUGCAGCAGGAUAUUUUGUGAUCAAAAGCCGGCAGUUUCUUUUCUUAACCAUUCACCAUCUAGUGGUUGACUUCGUGUCCUUGAGGAUUUUAUUGGGUGAGCUGGAAAGUUCACUAUCUGGUGGGGUGGCAUCAAGUCUACGUUCUCUCUCAGUCCAAAAAUGGUCAGCGUUAUUGCGUGCCAAGACGGAGUCAGAUCAAGAGGUAAAAAAGGAGAUAUUGUCAGCAUUUCCCAAGACCAAUCUCAAAUUCUGGAACAUGCAACACAGGCCCAAAUUAAGAGGAGACAUGAGUGUACACACUUUCGAGUUAGCGGAGCAUGUUUCAUCCGCAAUUCUAUCUCAGUGCGAACCCCUCGAGGCUGAGCCAGUAGAGCUGUUUCUUGCAGCAACCACUUUCGCCUUCAAGAACAUCUUCUUCGAGCGAGAAGGACCGAAUGUUUACUUGGAAGGCCACGGCAGAGAAGUUUGGAGUCCACGGAUUGACAUCACCUCUACAGUGGGAUGGUUUGCAGCUUUUAUGCCCGUAAAUUCACCGCCCGGCAGAAGAGUCAGUUUUCUUGAAGAACUCGAUUGCGUCCGUUCAACUCAUCGAAAACGUGAGGAUCAUGGAACCUUGGAUUUUGCUUCUCUUUUUUCGCUUGAAGGUCGAUACGAAGAAAGAUCCUCUUAUCAGAAUAUGGAAAUUGCGUUUAUCUACGCGGGUCUAAAUCAGCACCUGGAGCGGGAGAAUUCGCUAUUCAAAGAGGUUGAAGGUUGCGAAGAGAUCGGGUUAGCUGGCUUCGCGGGAAAAUUGCCUUGGUUCUCUUUAAUGGAUGUUAUCGUUUCCAUAACAGAUGGCAAGAUACGAUUCGACAUUUUCUGGAACAAACACAUGAAUCACCAGACUCGGUUGGAGCAAUGGGCUGCGGAGACUGCGUCUGUUCUACGACGAAUUCCAGAAGCUUCUAUAUACUCGGGCCCAACGGCUGCUGUAGCAGAAUUUCAAUGAAAUUGCCCGUGCGGAGCACGGGCCUAUCACCUCAAUGAUAACAAUAAUUUUCAAUCUUAAAUUCAAGCCAAGUAAAUCUGAAAACAUAACGUCCAUCCCUUAGUGACGCAAAUCCCUACGUGACGCAAGUAACCAAUCAGCCGUCUUGAAUCAAAGACUUUGUCCCUAUUCACGAGAUUUGAUUGGUUGCUUGCGGCACGCCCGGAUUUGCGCUACGUAGGGAUGGAUGUUAAUCUUUUUGAUUUUAGAAAUCGAAGAUAUAUAAUGUGGUGUAUUAUCACGUGACUAGCUCGUAGUACGUAUUGCGAUUUUCUGUCGUACGUAUUAUUAUUCCAUUAUAGUCCUGUAUCAACCGUUGGCUAUGUAGGACUUUGGCCAAAGGCCGUUCUAUCUGCUUAUUUACAAUUUGGUACUUUGUGCUGUAUUGCGUGACUGUGGUGCUUCGGCCU